AUGACCAAAGACGCCCCUUUUAUCUCCAGAAGCAACUCCACCAAGUCGCCUGACCCAGCCCCAACAAAUCACCCCGACUUCUUCCGAAAGUCGCUUACUUUGUCCUCGUACUCCACUGUAACCAUUCCCGCCGGAGGCCUUCUUGCCAAACACAAGAACGUGCUUGCCCUCGUGCCUUACGACGGGCUCCAGGAGUUCUACGACAACAGGUAUCACACCGACGACUUGUGGUUAUCGACGUCGUACAACACAAACCCCAACUUGACCCAGGAGGAGCGAGACAAAUCAUUUGCCGAAUGGGCUAAGAGAGCGCUGAAGAUCAAACCCAUCUGGGAGAGAGAUGAGAACUUUGUGUGGCCCGAGCCACGCAGAAAGAUGCCGCUAGCAGAUAUGCUGGACUGGGACGCCGAGCACGGCGUAACAGCAGUGCCAGGCUACGACGAAGCACUUGCCGAGUCUGACGAGGUGCCUGAUCAGGCUGCCGACAUGGAAUAG